AAAAAAACUUGAAAAAAAAAUUUCAAGUUUUUUGCAUUCAGACUUUAAUAAAUAAACCCCAUAGGACUCAUUGACUUCUUUAAUUCAUAGUAUUGAUAUUUGCUCAUCCUAUAAUGUAUUUGUAUAACAUUGUAUUAAUCUGUAUUCUUUGUACUAAGCAUUUCUGUUAUUCCUACUAGUUAGUUACUUUUUACCCCUUUGCCCUCACCUUUAUCCCCAAUUAGUUAAUUCUACACUGUUAUUUAAAUAAAAUAAAAAAAAUAUCACAUAUCACAAAAUAUCAAAUAUUAUCACAGUCCCUGGCUCAAUGGGACACACAGUGAUUUGGUCAUUGCUACUUACUACUGAUAGUAUCUCCUACACUCAAUGAACCUCCUGUGUUUGUUUAACCCUAAAAGCCGACAGAUGAGACGCUGCAGGUGAGAGGACUGUCAGUUCUGUGGCUCAGCCUUUCAGCAUUUGAAGGGACAGAGCCAGUAACCCUUGCCUUGCCGGAGCAGAUGACACAGAUAAGAAGGAGAAGGAUGUGUAACCUGUGGAUCAGUAACGUGUCUGAACUUGGCCGUGAAAGAUCAGAGACGGAACAAUAGAACAGACUAAGAAGUUACCAAGAUGGUCUUCCCGGGGGUGCAGGAGAGACCCCCAAACCUCAUCUGGAUCCUACUGUUGUAUUUCUCACUGUCAGGAACAGAUGCCUUGGGAAUCAAAAUGGGGGACUCACUGGUUAAAGCACUGCGGGACCAUGACACGUUCAUACCAUGUACCAUUACUGGAUAUUCAGAACUGGAUCCCACCCAACUUUCUGUCACAUGGACUCUAACUAAUAAAGCUGCAAGUAACCAACUUGUCUAUAAGUUUCUCUCCCAAACCCACCAGCCCAUCCGGCCGGGAUCCUACAUUCCAACCAGUGACCUUAUAAGAGGCAAUGCUGGACUUCACUUACCCCUGGUUCAGUUCACAGAUGAAGGAGAAUAUACCUGCACUGUCGUUUAUACCCCAGAUAAAGCAGAGAGACAGUCUGACCUGCAGGUGUCAGUGCAACCAACUGGCAAUGUAGCACCUCCUGAUGUUGUAGUUGAGACUGGGUCAGACAAGACAGUGAUGUGUGAAGUCAACAGGUUUUACCCGAAAGAUAUAACAAUUCAGUGGGUGAAGUACCUGAGUGACUCCAGCUUUGUCCCACUCAACAAAGGAACCUGCACCACCGACCCAAUUGGCAGUAAAGAUGGAACCUUCAAUAUAUCCAGUCAUCUCACAGUUACCCCUAGACUAGAUGAAGAUGGAGAUAAAUAUGCAUGUGUUAUUUCCCAUAGAUCCUUGGAAAAAGAACAAAAGCUGAACUUUACUCUGACUGUAAAAGAACAAGACGACAAAAUCAGUGGAGUUAUUGGAGCUAUAGUCGUAACAGUCGUUGUAGCAUUUGUUGUGGCCUUAGCUGUCUCUGGUUAUGUUACUUUCAUCAAAAAACAGCCCCCAAGACUCUCUCCCAUUACCGGAGCAGAACAUUUGGUGCAUUUGAACAGGGCGACUCUGUCCUGCCAGAUCUCUGGUUACCGCCCAGAACCCAUAAAGAUUAUAUUGUGCUUGAAAAGGAAAGGGGCAGAACUGGUGGCAAUUUACUCCUGGCAUUCUGAACCAAACGCUGACCAAUUUUCAAAGAGAGAAGAACAGUCUGUGGCUAUUGAGUUUGAUGAGACCCAACACUUAGUGAGUAAUGGAGACAGUCAUCUGCCCCCGGCACAAAGGGCACUGAAAGUGGAAAUGGUUCCUCUGAUAAAAACAAACAAACAGCGUAUUUCCAACUGUCAGUGCACAAUCCAUAUAACUCCCAAUUUAGAAGAAGAUGAUGGAGCAGAACUGUCAGUGUGGGUCAAUCACCGUGGUUUGAGUGUUCCCAGCUCUGUUAUUUGUCCUCUGAAAAUAGAAGGAGUUAGACCCAAACUCUUCACCAUCGUAUUUCCUCUUCGUAUUAUCCAUGGAGAAUCCCUGACUCUGACUUGUCCCAUCAAUGGAUUCAAGCCAAAGCCACUCUCCGUUAUUUGGAUAAGGUUGGAUUUAGCGGGUCAGGAAACUGAAAUUGUGUCCUGGGAAGAUGGAAAAAGCAACAUAAAAUAUUCUAGAUAUUCACAUUGCCUGAAAGAGAAUAUGCAUGAAGACUAUUCCAGCAGCUUUCUAAGUCUACUGACCAUGAAGCCAACAGUAAACGAAGACCAUAGAGUAAAAUAUAUCUGCAGAACUUUUCAUUAUGCAACAAAUACUGAGGCAGAAGAAAGAAUGGAAAUGUGUGUUUUAGCUGUUCCAGAGCUGGAUCAAAUCAAGGUAUUCCCAGAGAUUCCAUGUGUUGGGGAAGAGAUGAAGUUCUCUUGCAAAAUCCAUUCCUUCCACCCCAAAAAGUUAGAAGUUUCUUGGUAUAAAGGGAAUGAAGUCUUGUCAACAGAGAACAGCACAACUGUUACCAAUGAGAAUGGUCUGUUGAGUUUCACCAGCCGUAUAACUUACACCCCUUGUGUGAGGGACAUUGGGAAGAAGUUCAGGUGUGAGGUCUCUCACCAAAGUCUCCAAAAUCCUAAAUGUGUUUCCUGGGAACUGAAACAUCUGAUUCGUAACCCGAUUGUAAGUCCCAUAAGAUGCAAUCCUGAAAUUCUGGAGUGCAACCAACUUGCAACAUUAUCAUGUCUUAUAAAGGAUUUUUAUCCUAAAGACCUCGCCGUCCAAUGGUACAAAGGACCAGAAGUUGUUUCUGCUGAUAAUUAUACAGAGGUCCUGCAGGAAGACCCAACAUCAGGACUUUUCUGCAAAACCACAGAAAUGUCAUUCAUUCCUUCCAUUAACGACCAUGCUACAGAGUUUGACCUGGAGAUUAUUGCCGGGACACAAGUUAUCAAAAGGACAAUCUGUAUAGAACUUAAAGGGCUGCCACAAAUUAAAGAUAUCAUUUGCAAUAAUCUGUCCCCAAAUUAUGGAGAACCCCUAACCCUGAGCUGUGAGGUAAGUGAAUGCAAUGCCCGAGACAUCACAGUGGAAUGGAGAGAGAACAAUAAUCCCAUAAAGAGGGAAAUGAGAACAGAAACCCAAAUAAACAGAGAUUCUGUCUCAUUCCUCCUCAAACUGACGCCUACAGCAGAGCAUUAUGGGAAAUUAUUCACCUGUCUGAUAAAGCACAAGGACCUUCAGCAGCCAAUUAAGAAGAGUAUCUCUCUGCGGCUCCCAGAUGUCCCACCCACCUUAUCUGAAAUAACAGUGUCCCCCAAAAGAAUUGAGGCCAACAGAGAAGCCAUCUUCCAUAUCGCCAUCUCUGGAUUCUCAGCGACAGGCCUUCAAGUGAAGUGGCUGAAAUCCUUCACUCCACUUACAGCAAAUAUAAUAACCACAGCACCCCAGAUAGGAAGGGAUGGGUUAUACAGUUGCACCAGCACAUUGAGAUACAACUUGACUGACUCCGACCACAGCAAGUUCAUUCGAUGUGAAGUCACUGCCAACAGGGAGAUCAAGGGGAAACAGUUUCAGUUAUAUCUGAAAGGGGAUGAACCCAAGGGCAAGCAAACCCUGAAUGCAACUGAAGGAAACAAAGUUCCAAUGCAAAAGGGAUUGAGUAUGUGAACCCCAGCCCCCGGAAGUGAGAGUCGGUUACCCUUCAAUGUAAGAUUAAAGGACUAGAUGUGGAACAUGAAGACUUCUCCUGGAGUGAUGGAAUAUUCUCCAUUGAUGAAAGUCUCAUAGACAAGUUCAACCUCACUGAUGGCUCCGGCUGUAUCUCCAAGGUCACCUUCACUUCUGAUGAUGAUGAUAAUGAUGGGGAAAUCAGAUUUGAGGCCACAUUUAAAUUUGUAACCACUGAAAAAACCUACCAACUGCAACUGGCAUGAGAUGUAUGUGUUACUUAUUGACUGUAGGAAAUGCUCUUCAACAAGAAGAACCAUCCCAUCAGCCUUCAGGGAGCAGAGGCAUUGGGAAAUUGCUUUACAGAAAUAUCUGAUGAGGCCAUUUGUGGUCUCCAUUGCAAAUGAGUUUAAACGAUAAAACAAUGGGGUGCUAUGUACAAAGACAACAAACUAAUUCUCUGCAUCACAAGCUUAUAAGGGAGAGAAUUAGAAAAUAUUGGAAUUAGGAAUGAACCAAAUGAGCGUAGGACUGACCACCACCAACUGUGAUGUGCAGCUUAUAUUGCAAUAUAUAGGUGCAGCUGUUUGAUUCUUGAAAUUGGAGGGGGGUAUUUUAGAAGUAUUUUUACUGGAUCUCUUGAUGUCCUUUAAUCUAUUCACAUGGGUUAUGUUAUAAAAAAUAUUGCCCUAAAAUAUCUGACUCUUAAAUCAAUGCAAAGAGACAGUGACAGAAUAUUCAUUGAAUACAAUAACAAAUGCUGCCGAGUUCUCCGCUGAGUUAAUUCUCGAUUAAUAAUGAGUGUGAGCUCUUCAUUGAACAAAUAAUAUGUAAAUAAAGUACAUCCGUGUCUUCUGGAUUCAUACACUUUUCUAUUCUUUUCUCCAUCAGUCUCUUUCUGUUGUUAAAUAAUAAAGAACUUUUAUUUUGU